AUGUCACCGCCGAAGCCCCUCCUAGGACCCGCCAUCGGUCUCUGCGCAUGGACGCUCGUCAUGGAAGUCUGGAUGUACGCCAUCCGGCUUCCAGCAUACCGGAAGUACAAGGUGGACAUGUCCGAUCCACGAAAAGUCUCGCAGGAGCUCAAAAAAGUCCCGCCACACAUAUUCUACGCCGGAGAAAAUUUCACGCACUUGAUGGAGCAGCCGACGACAUUCUUCGCGAUUCUAUGGGUGCUGCACGCGCUGAAUGCUACGGAUGCUGCAACGGUAGCUCUUGCAUGGAUGUAUGUCGCGCUGCGGGUCGCGCACUCGCUUGUCCAGGCGACUUUCAAUCAGAUCGACCUGCGAUUCAAGGUAUUCGCAGCAAGUGGUAUGGUGCUGGCGAUGUUGACGGGGCGGGCAGCGAUGGCGCACGUGUCCCAGGCGUAG